GCACUGAACCUCUUCAGUUGCCGUAGGCAGUGGAUCGAAAGUGCCGGUCAAAAUGGAAGUGAAUCCCCCCAAACAGGAGCACCUGCUGGCCCUGAAAGGUCCUGUUUCCUUCUGAUUUGGAAAGAGAGUCUUGUAAUUGUAAAUUAUAUUCUAGAGCUGAAGAGUACAUCUAAGAAAUGUUUUCUUCAUUAAGAGUAACCGGAUUACUGCAGAAUGUCUACAGAAGUAAUAUUACAUUAUCGACCAUGUGAGAGUGAUCCCACACAACUGCCAAAAAUUGCAGAGAAAGCAAUUCAAGACUUUCCUACACGUCCACUAUCGAGAUUUAUUCCUUGGUUUUUGCAUGAUGCAUCCAAACUUCCACUCAAACCUAAAAGAUCACCACCUGUGAUUUCUGAAGAGGCAGCUGAAGAUGUGAAACAAUACUUAACCAUUUCAGAACACGAUGUUAAAUCACAGAGUUAUGAUUGCACAGUAGAUCUUUUGGAAUUUCAACCUAAUUUUAAAAAAAGGAAGCACUUAAUCCGGUCACACUCACUGAACGAACAGACUAAUUCUGGAAAUUUAGAUAAACAAUCAGAAAAGGGAAGACAACACAAGAAGAGGUUUUGGAGUGUCUCACUUCCCAACAGUAAUUGCACUGAAAAUAUUUUUCCUUUGUCUAAAAAAUUGCAAGAUUGUUUAAAGGCAUUGAAUUUGCAUUCACUUUAUAGAGCAAGAUGGACUAUAGAGCAUGCUAUUUGUAACAACCAAACUCUGGAAGACAUUUGGGCAAAACUUAAUCAUAUCAUCCGGCACAAUGAACUUCCAUCUUGUAAUGCUACAUUUCAGAGACACUUAGGCCAAAUAUGGGUGUUCUGUGAUAUUAUGUACUGUGAAUAUGUGGGAAGUCUUCUUAAAGGAAGGUUAGCUCUUACUGGGAAAAUGAAUUUAUUUGUGCAUAAAUAUGGUGUUAUUUUUAGUAUGUAAUGAAUUUUACGGAUUGUUAAAGAGAAGAAUAUUCUGAAUGAACUGAGUAGGAUCUGAAAUAGUGUGAUCAAUCAAUUUUUUACAGGGUUUUAAAUUUUUUAUUUAAUUUUUUUAUUUGACCCCUCACUAAGAUAGCCUCUUCAUUCUUAAUAGUAUAAAAAAAUUGUGUGGUAAUUUGUAUACAGUGGUUUCUCAGAAAUAAAUGACCAUCACUUGAGUUCCUAGACGUGUAUUAAUACAAAAGUGUUCUGGGUUAUACUUUUAGUAGUUUUCUUCUAAAUAAAUUGUGAUAAAUUGUUAUUUUACUGAGCUUAGAGGUAAAAUGUUCUAUUCCUUUGUUCUGUUACUUUUCCAGUAGUUGAAUUAGAUAGUGCAGUGAAUUACAGUGAAUGGUUGGUUGGAUUUUGGUAAAGUCCCAAAAUGUAAUUUUAUAGUGUUUUUUCUUUACCAUUCUAAAGUGUAAUUAUUAAAAAAUAAUAAUAAAACUAGUUCUAUUGCAAAUGUUAUUCAAAUAGCAUGAACAUAGUUCACAUUGGGAAACUAGCCCAGAUUGUGCCAAUGUUUCCAAGAAUCUGUAACUGACAAUAGUUGAUGUGGAAU